AUGGCGGGCAAGGCUCCCACUACGGCACAUUCUCCUGGCCGCACAGCCGCAGCCGCAGCCGCAGCGGCAGUGCCACCGCCUGCCAGCACUAUCGAGGAUGCGGUCCCUGGCAGCUUCUGCGCCGAGUUGUGGCGCUCAGUGGCGGGGCCCACGGGCCUCUUUAGUUCCAUCCUGACCCACCCGUUCCUGACGGGGCUGGCGGACGGCACCCUGGACGAGGCCAGCUUCCGCUACUACAUCGUGCAAGAUGCUCUGUACUUGCGGGAGUAUGGGCGGGCCCUGGCCCUGGUGGCGGCCAAAGCGCCCCGCCCCGAGUGGGUGGCUUUCUUCUGCCAGUGCACCGGCGAGGCAUAUGCAGUGGAGGGCAGCUUCCACAGGGAAUUUCUGGCCUACUUCAACACGAACACAGAGGCCGAGACAGCGGUGGCGGAGCGCUCGCCCAACAGCCUCAUUUACACCUCGUGGCUGCUGGCCAGCGUGCACGAGCGGGCGUUUUAUGAGGGCAAGUCUGGCGGCUGUGUUGCCGUGUUUUGUGGUUUACCUAGAGGAUCACCGCAUAAGCUCUACCAGCAGUGGAUACAAAAGUACGGGGGUGCCGAGUUUGAAGGCAUUGUGCUGCAGGUUGUUCGGAUGGUGAAUGAGGUGGCCGCGGAAUUGGGGGCGGCACAGAAGGAGCGCAUGAAGGCGCUAUUCCGGCAGGGAUGCCGCCUUGAAUAUCUCUUCUGGGAUGCUGCCUUGAACCGGCAGGCGUGGCCAGUUUGA